UCCACACUCUAAAGCAGUUCCACGAAGACGUCACCAAGAGUGUCAUUGGCUGCAGACGCUGUGAGCAGUAAUUGAUGUACAUCAGUCAGUGAGAGUUGCUAGCUCCAAACACGCAUGACUAGAAGAAGUAGCCCCCUGUUUAGAGGCAAGUAAAGCAGCUCGCCGGAUUCAAAACCACCGCGACGUUCAGCCUGAGCCGAACUCUUAUCCACUUAUCAGAGCUCAGUGAGACGACCUCUUGUAAUCCCUAGAUGUGCAUCGGUGUGUAGCCGCUGAGUGGGAGAUUUGGGAGAUUGUGUGUUUUAUAUUAGGUGAGCGCAUUAUGAGAACGGUUUAGUGCGGCGUGGAUGCCCCAUGAACUCUUGUCAAUCGCUCCGCAACGGUUGUCGGCAAACUGCUCGUAUAGUAAAGCAGACCCACUUGUCAUCUUUAGCGGAACCUGUUCGAGCUUAUUUUGCCAUUUGCACUGUGGGCACUGAUCCUUUCUCAUUGGAUUUGUGGAUACCUCUGCACUGAAAUGAAACAGCGGCUACUGGCUUCCUCCUCAUCGUUUUAGCAAGAGCCAGCAAAGUUCCGCAUCUCAAGGAUUUAGAAUAUUCAGUUGACUCGUCGCAACUUCGAAGUGGGGAUUGUUCUACUAACAAUUGCACACUUUCACCUGUGACCUAAACUCAACUCAAGAAAGAAAGAACUAGCGAGAAAAAAAAAAGACAUGUCGAAUGGGGAUUUUCUAAGUGAUAGUUAUUCGAUGUACUAUAAUGAUAACGCUACCGUCGAGGCGGCAUCACUGGGCCCCAGUGCCGUCUUAGUGCCCCUGACUCUCGGCAUCAUCGCGGUCCUGGCCGUGGUGGGCAACGCACUAGUCAUCUAUAUCGUGCUCCGGUAUCGGAACAUGAGGAGCAGUGUGACCAACUUUUAUAUCAUGAACGUAGCCAUCAGUGAUAUCGUCUUUGUGGUGAUAUGUGUCCCGCUGACAUCAGUGAGCUACGGUAUGACUUACUGGCCAUUUGGACAGUUCUUCUGCAAGUUGAACGCCUACAUGCAAUGCGUGUCCGUUCAAGCUACGUGUACAACACUUACCGCCAUGACAGUGGAUAGAUAUUACGUCAUCAUGUCGCCAUUAGCAUCAAGGCGCACGCGCACCAUAUGCAGAGCUGGUAUGGUGUGUGCGUCCAUUUGGAUAUUUUCAGCUGUUGUUCACAUUCCAGUAGCUGUUUUCUUCAAGAUAGAGGUCAUCAAUUGGUUUGGUGAGAUCAACGAGUACUGUAAGUUUACCCUGCACAAGCCUGCGGCUCUCUCCGGCUACUUCAUCUAUCUGAGUCUAUCCACGUUCCUUUUACCCCUCACGAUCAUUGCCGUGUGUUAUAGCCUCAUAUUAUCACAUCUGUGGAGUCUAAGCCGGGUCGGUAGAUGCCGGGAGCCCACGUCGACUGCCGGGUACGACCCGCUGUCGCAGCAGAGUCGCUCUGGUGCCCUUCCCCCGGCACAAAGCUCGGCCCGGACGGCCAGCAAAACGUGGAAAACCACCCGGAUCGUGCUGUGUGUUGUUAUGCUUUUUGCCGUUUGCUGGGCACCCCUUCAGGCGUUCAACGUGUGGAAUGCAAUCGACCCCGAGCACCACAGCUCGUCGGUUCACGUAAAUAAUCUACGAGUGUUCUGCCUGUGUCUUGCGUAUGCAAACUCUUGCAUCAACCCUAUCGUUUACGCCCUCGCGGGGACCAGUUAUCGGCACCAUCUCCAUCAGAUGGUGUCAGGAAGCAACAAGAGCGGGCGCAUCAAUAGCAGGUUCUCACCAACGGGAGGUAGAAAUUCCUCAUACAGAUCGGUUCGUCGGAUGUCUCGAACCGAAGCUACAUCUGUAAGUACUUGUGUUUGAAACACACGAAUGUGACUUUGAAAGUGGCUCAGAACAAACGGUGUAUCACACUUGUGUGUUCAAAACCCAUCUGCCCCUUGACAUGUCAAUUUGGAUACUCACCCUUAUCUAUCACCGUUUACACGUAGAUAGGGGAGGCUUAUCCCCUCACUGGAUCGUACGCUAAUUGCUGUUUAUAUGGAUGUAGCUUUUGUGAAUGUAGUUUUUUCUCCCGGAACAAAUUGGAAGAGCUCAUUCGUUUAACCAUUUAACAGCCGACUGCAUACUAACACCGGCAUCCGGGGCAGUGGAGUCCGGGACAAGGUAUUUGAACGACUUGGAAUGGAAGGAUACUUCACAGUUUGCCGUAUUUGCAGUGCAUUUUGCUGACAAAUAUUCAAACAGUUGUGUUCACCCUAGACUAGUGUAGAAACGAUUGUAAAUCCAAGGCUAAUAGAUGACAUGAUAGGAUACAAAGCCUCACGUCCGUAUUGUUACAAACUGGUCUAAGCAGUAGGUUCUAACAGUUCAAACAAAGUAUUUCCGUUGGCUGAGAGACGAUUAUGGUAAAGCGGUCCAUAUUGAUGUAUUUUAAAGGCAAGGUACACGUUCCGUAAUUGUGAAAGACCAGUGUUCUCAUCUGGUGUAUCCCAUA